UCAGAUAGACAGCUCUUCUCCUCUACAAACAGAACCUCUAUCUCACACACACACACAUACACUGGGCUCACACUAUUGCACGCCUCAUUGGCACAAACAUUCAACAGGUGCGGAGGAUAACUGGGAGACAGAGGGAUAGGCACAGAGAGAGAGAGAGAGAGGAGGAAGAAUGGGGCAGAGCUGGGAAUGCAAAGAGCGCUGAGGGGGAAGAGGGGAGGAGAAAGAGACAAAGAAGCCGAAAGAAGGGUGGCUUUCAAAAGUUGGACUGAGAAAGUGUAAGCACAGAAAGGAAGAAUAGAGAGGAUGGAAAAACGGAGAAGGACUUAGAGACAUUGAGAGGGGGAAGGGAUAACAGAGAAGGGGACAAAAGGGGGCAUGUGAAAAGAGCUUUCAGGGAGAGAGACAUACUGAAAACACCUGCUAGAAUCCACAGCACAAAGAGGGAACAAACAAAGAAUGAGGGUAGGAGAGACUGUUACUGACUGCCAGAGAGACAGGCUUAGAGAUCACAUGAGACAGAAAAACAGCUGGAAAUACUGUACGAGACAGUGACUGAGGUCAUUGAGAGACAGGUGGAGAGAGUGCGUAACAACAAAAGAAUGCCAGAGACUGACUGAACUGCCACAUAAACAGGUGGAGACUGCAUGAGACAGUUACAGAGAUAUGAGAGAAAAGCAGAGAGACCACAGGAAAAUGUCUAGAGAUCCAGACUCACACUGUUAAAUAGUAAAAGGGAGAGAGAGGUGAACGGUGCAAGUUAUCGGUAUUGUGGCCCAGAAAAAUGUCAUGAGAAUGUUAAUAAGGACGAGACAGACGGCAUUAAAUACUAGCUGAAAACUGAAGAAAUUGUGACUCAGAGGGACUACAAGUAAACGCAAGAGAAUACAUGAGAAACUGCAUGAGACAUACUCAGAAGGGGGAGACUGCAGCAAGCAGAUAUUGCUGUGGAUCAAAAAGAGACUGCACAACACAGUUCUGGAAUAACAGAAGAGACCAUAUGAGCAGUUACUGAGAGCUGGAGAAACAGAAAUGCUACUUGGCACUUGAAGAACUUCAUGAGAUUGUACAGAGGGUUAAUUAGAUUGUGUGGCUAAGGACUGUCUAGUGGAGAGACUGCAGGCAAUACUUAGACUUCUGUACCUGGCAGUGUAUUUGCCAUCUCAGCGCACCCCACUGCUGUGUCAGGAGAGGGUCAGACACUUGGACUUGCUGCAGGGAUGUGAUGGUCUGUUUGGGAUAGAGAAGCACAAACUAUAACAUGUUGAGAGACUCACAAAAUGAGGUCUGGUCUCAAUAACACGCUGGUCAUGGAGUACCAAGCUCUCCCUGAUUUUCAGCCUCAUCGUAGCACAUUACCCUAUGGACGAGAUGGCAGCAUGGCGCCAAGCCUAGGAGAACCACCACCCAGAGACAGACAUAGGGUGAUAAGACAUAUAGCUGUAUAUCAGCAGGACAGCCUGGCAUUUGGAGGGGUACCCACUCUAUGUAAAGAUGACCAAUUGGAUUAUAGGACUGCACCGAGCUCGCUUAAUGCAAGUUUAACAGGAGGUACGGACAACAUCAAGGAUCAAUGGGUUACAAGGUAUGAGAACAAAGAGGACUGUAGAAUCCAUGUGCCCAUGAGCCCAACAGAACUUAUGAAGCCAAGAGACUUCCCUAAAGAGGAUAAAAAGGGACAUAGCAGUCCAGAGAAAGGAGAUGUCCAUCCUCAGCACUCCUCUAUAUCUCAUCAUGGAGACACCUCCUCGUCCCCAAGAGGAUCACAUGGAUCAGAAAGAGCAAAAUCAGCCUGGCGUAAAAUCCGCUUAUAUCUGCCGGAUGUAACUGCAAGCAACAGCCAAUCCAGCCCAUGUACAGAUGAUGACUCUGUGUUUGUGGAGCCAGAAGAACUAGAGCCAGCCAUUGCCGAGGUGAAAGAAUCUACUGAGGCUUUGGAGAUAGCUGCAUCCCCUGGUAGAGUUGAGCAGGAAAGGUGGCGAUUCUCAGCCUCCGAGCUUAUAAGCAAGUUGCAGCUUACACAACGUAGGAACAACUUCACUGCGAGACUUGGCAAAUCCCUCUCCACAAAAAUUACCCUGAGGGAAAAAGGAGCCUCUGCUGGCCAGGAAGGUAAAUCUAGCAGGAGAGAACGAAGAUGUAACAGUGCUGGGGUAGCUGGUCUUCUCCAGCCAGCUGCAGUGGGAGUCGGGGACCCUGAUAGCUUUUGGGUCAGGAAUAAAGUGCCUGAGUCAGUGGAAGCCAGUCCGGGAAGACCACAAAGUACAGAAAAACAGAACCAAAACCAACAGAGACAGUCACAAAGUGAAAACAAACAGAUCCGUUCCGGAGACAGGAGGCUACAGAAAAGAGAGUCGUACUGUGAGAGGAGACAGUCACGGUUUCUAUUGAGCUCUAUCCUGUAUCAGGAAUACAGCGAUGUGGCCAUUAACCGAGAGAUCCAGAGGCAGAAGCGGGAGGACACCACUGGAGAGGAGGAAGAUGCUUCGCCCAGUCCUAAAAGCAAUCUGUCACCCAGCAGCUCAUUCCGUUCCCAGAAGUCAUCACGGGGGUCCACCUUCUCACUGUGGCAGGAUAUCCCUGAUGUAAGAGGCAGCGGCCUGCUCAACACCCUCAGCAUCCAGGAGCGCAAACUGCAGGAGGCCAAGUUCGAGCUGGUGACCUCAGAAGCCUCAUACGUGCACAGUCUCUCCAUUGUGGUGGAUCAUUUCCUCAACUCUCCUGAACUCAACGAUUGUCUGGGUGCCCAGGAAAAGCAGUGGCUCUUCUCCAAACUGCCAGAAGUGAAGGAUAUCAGUGAGAGGUUUCUGAUGGACCUGGAAGAAAGACUUGAGGAGGACAUCUUGCGGUUUGAUGUCUGUGAUAUAGUCCUACGUCAUUGUCCGGAGCUGCGCAGAGUUUACCUUCCCUAUGUCACAAACCAGGCCUAUCAGGAGCAGACAUAUCAGCGCUUGCUACUGGAGAACACCCGGUUCAGAAGUGUUCUAGCCAAGCUCGAAGAAGACCAAGUGUGUCAGAGGCUGCCACUCACGUCCUUCCUUAUUCUGCCCUUCCAGAGGAUAAUGCGCAUUAAGAUGCUGGUGGAGAAUAUUCUGAAGCACACAGCACCAGGAUCCCACAAUGAAGAUACAGCCAGCAAGACUUUCACUGAGCUAAAGAAGCUGGUGAAGGAAUGCAACGCAAGUGUGCAGUCUAUGAAACGAACCGAGGAACUUAUACACCUAAACAACAAGAUUCACUUUGAAAGUAAGAUUUUCCCUCUGAUCUCACAGUCCCGUUGGCUGGUGAAGCAUGGCGAGCUGGUGGAACUUGAUAUGCAGAUCCCAAACACAGCAGGUUCCAGGUUCAAGCUCAGCCCCAAACCUGUCUAUCUGCACCUGUUCAAUGACUGCCUCUUAUUGUCCCGGAGAAAAGAACUGGGCAGAUUCGCUGUAUUUGCUCACGCCCAGAUGUGCGAUCUGAAGGUGACGGAUCUUAGCUGGAAACUGCAGGAUGUGCCGGGUGAAGUGUUCCAUGUUCAGCUGUGCCACGAACAGAGACCCAAGCAUCAGAUCCUGCUGAGGGCGCAGAGCGAGAGUCAGAAGCAGCGCUGGAUCUCAGCCAUGUGCCCUUCAAACCCACAGUAUGACCUUGAGUAUCUGACUGAAUGCGAAGAUAUCCCGCAGGUUCAGGGCAUUAAGGCAUACACCGCUCAAGAGCACGAUGAGUUGUCUUUGGAGAAAGCGGAUAUCCUGGGACUUACAGCCAAGACCAGUGAUGGAUGGAUGGAAGGUAUUCGAUUAUCAGAUGGAGAGAGGGGCUGGGUACCUGCAACACAUGUGGAGGAGAUAACGAGUAAAAAUGCCCGACUGAGGAACCUGAGAGAGAACAAACGCAUCAAACAUGCCACCAGCAAACUGGAAACUGUGCCACCCUAAGAUGUGCCUUUUAUUUAACGUAUCUCUGUGAAUAAUGGUUUACACAUUUCACUCGGUCCCUUAUUUCACAGGAUGAUGACCUAACAUGCGUACUGUAAUUCUCAUUUUAUUUGUAAAUACUCGUAGAGAAGCAGCCAGUGGUUUAUGAAGCCCCCCAUCACUACAUCGCUCGCUAACGACUGCUGCCUAUCAUUUUCCUGUUACAUGAACUUUAAAAAAAAAAAAUGCUGAUUGGUUGUAAAUUCUUAAACAGGCAUACAACAGAAUGACAUUUUUAUUGCGGGAAGAUGAGUCUGGUAUUUCAGGAUCUCUCUAACUCACAUAAAAAUAGAAAUGUGGUAUUGGAGGUCUGAUAAAACUUGUUUGACGUUCAUAGCAUGCGGGUUAAUUCCUACACAACACAAGCGUAACUACUUACCUUGGAUAUUAACCCCUUGCUUGCCAGAGAGAGCUGCAACUUCUUGUCUGGGCCUGGGUUUAUGACAGCUGGAUUUUCCAAGUAAAUACUGGAUACUAAACCACACUGCGUCUUUCUGUAGAUUUCUUCCCUUGUAUAGCACCAAGCACCCCAAAAAAAAUAGCUGGAAACCCUCAAGCACAUUGUAAGCUCUCCAGAAGACAUAGACACUUUGUUUAUAAAUCACUAGUAUGUUUUCUAAACUAUACUGGACAAAAAUUGUGAGAUCACAUUGGUCACUCUUGUAGUUAUGUCAAGUCAGUCAAUUACUCUGUAAAUAUUUUUAAAUUGUGUAAUUAAAUUUUAUUCUGAUCAGUUGA